GUCCUGGGGGGGAGGGGCUGGGGUGAGAUAACUAUCAAGAAGGGCUCUAACAGCCCACCCACCACCGAACCUCAUUCGUUUGAUUUAGAGGGGCAACUUUAGGACAGCGCCUAGAGACCCCCCCUCCGGGUUCGGGUAGAUCCGAAUUCAAGUUCUACCUUCCUGGCCCCGUGACCUUGGGCAAGUCACUCCCCUCUCGGCACCCGUAGGCAGCUCUCUGAUGACGAGCAGCACCGCAAAUACACGUCAGUACCGGGACGCCCCGGCGCUGGUGAAAGCUACAUCCGCUCCGCCGGGAUCAUAAAGCUAAUCCUUUUCGUGGUUUCCGCUCCGAUAGCCGCGCGGUCACGCCCCGCCCCUCGGGGGGCGGGGGGCGCGAUGGGUAGGGCCCUUUAUAAGGCCAAUUCAUUACUUCCGCCAUCGGCCCGCCUGCAGGGCCCUCCUAGGUCUGCGCAUGCGCUUGGAGCGCGCGGUGGCGGGGAGCAGGAGGCGGAGAAGUCAAAGCCGCUGGCGAGAGAGAGAGUGAGGAGGAGUGGUUCCUAACGGAAAACAGAAGGCCGGGGGGAAAGCAGAGGGGAAGUUAUCACUGAUGGAAAAGGGGAACGUGGAGUUGAAGAUGCCCCCAGACAAGGCCUCAUCUUCUCGAUUGCCUGUUCGAGGCCUUGGUACAAAGAGAAGACUAGAUAAAGAGAAUGCUCCUGAGCCUGAGAAGAAGCGGAUGCGAGGUCCUGGAACAGCAGUGACUUUCGCCAUCUCUCGUCCCAGGGUCUCCACUGUGGCAGCCACUAUGCCCAGGGCAAAAAAACAGGAAGCAGCCCAGAAGGCUCCCCUGAAAACAGGACCUUGGCAUCCUACAGCCACCACCACAGAUGCGAAGAGUCGGAAGCCAAUCUCUGCCAUCUCUGCACCAAAACCUGUAUCAGGAGCGUCCCCUACAACAGCAAGGAAAGGAUCUAGCAAGCGUCCAGCCUGGGAUGUGAAGGGACAGCUGUGCGACUUACGGAAGGAGUUCAGUGCCUGCCAGGUACAGACCGAAGUUCUAACCAGGGAGAAUCGGGAACUAAGGAGCCAGUUUGGGCAAGCCGAGCAGCAAGCCAAAACCUUGGAGGCUGAGAACAAGGUGCUGACUGAGGAGCUGACUGAGGCUCGGGCCCAAGGUAAGCAAGACCAGCUGGAGCUGGGGAAGUUGCGUGCCCGGGUCCAGGAGCUGGAGGAACUUACGCAUACUCAGAAACACCUAGUUCAGUCAAUGCAAGAAGAGCGGUUACAGUUGCAAGGAGAGCGAAGGGACCUGGCUGCCCGGCUAGAGGUACAGGAGGCACAACUCCAAGAAUCAAUGGCAGCCCUGGCCAAGAGCCAGGCAGAGAUCACUGCCCAGGCAGCCUUGUUGGUUGAGAGGACAGAGCAUCUUCACGGUCUUGAGAUGGAGCGGCGUUAUCUUCACAACCAGCUGCAAGAGCUCAAGGGUAACAUCCGGGUCUUUUGCCGAGUCCGCCCUGCCCUGCCUGGAGAACCCACACCACCUCCUGGCCUCAUCCUUUUUCCUCCUGGGCCUAAUGGGGUCUCUGAGCCUUCCACCAGACUCAGCCUUACCCGGCCAACUGAUGAUCGGUGUAGCAUCCUAGGAGGACUUCCAGGUCCUCCUGUCCGCUAUGACUUCUCCUUCGACCGAGUGUUCCUACCAGGGAGUAAACAAAAUGAGGUGUUUGAAGAAGUCUCCCUGCUUGUGCAGUCAGCCCUGGAUGGUUACCCUGUGUGCAUCUUUGCCUAUGGCCAGACAGGCAGUGGCAAGACAUUCACGAUGGAAGGAGGGCCAGGGGGAGACCCUCAAGUUGAGGGGCUCAUCCCUCGAGCUGUAAGGCAUCUGUUUUCAGUAGCCCGGAAGCUGGAGGCCCAAGGCUGGAGCUACACCUUUGUGGCUAGCUAUGUGGAGAUUUACAAUGAAACCAUCAGGGACCUGUUGGCCUGUGUGGGUGGGGCCCAAAAGGGCCAGGGGGCCGAGUAUGAGAUUCGACUGGCUGGCCCUGGAAGUAAGGAGCUUAUUGUCACCAAUGCCCGAUAUGUCCCCGUUUCCUGCGAAGAGGAGGUGGAGUCCCUGCUCCAUCUGGCUCGUCAGAAUCGGGCAGUGGCUCGAACAACACAAAAUGAACAGUCAUCACGAAGCCACAGUGUGUUCCAGCUGCAGAUUUCAGGGAAGCACGUGGGGCAGAACUUACACUGUGCAGCCCCUCUCAACCUAGUAGACCUGGCUGGGAGUGAAAGACUGGACUCUGGCUUGUCCACUGGCCCUGGAGAUCGAGAACGACUGAAGGAGACCCAGGCCAUCAACAGCAGCCUCUCUACUCUGGGCCUUGUCAUCAUGGCCCUGAGCAAUAAGGAGUCACAUGUGCCAUACCGGAACAGCAAGCUCACAUACCUGCUGCAGAAUUCUCUAAGGGGCAGUGCCAAAAUGCUUAUGUUUGUGAAUAUCUCCCCAUUGGAAGAAAACUUCUCAGAGUCCCUCAACUCUCUGCGGUUUGCCUCCAAGGUAAACCAGUGUGUUAUUGGCACUGCUCGAGCCAACAAGAAAUAGAAGGGCCAGUCUUUGUGUCCUGUGUCCUGUGUCUGUGCUUUUUACGUGUGUGUCAGAGGCGAUACUUGUGAUUAAUUACAGCGGCAACUGGGUUUAUGUAACUAGGUUAAUAUAGCCAUAAGUGACAAAAUAAAGGUACCCCGGCACGUGCCGGCAGUGGUUUUAUGUGCCCGUU